CUAUGAUUUGCUACUGAGUACUAAACUUUCCAUACUGUUCAUCCUUGAUCAUUGCCAUUCAACCCGGGCUUGUCAUAUUUUGAAAUUUUAGUAAUUUUUCCCUCCUUUUUUUAGAGUCAAUAAAUAUGCCAAAACAAGGUAAAAGAAAGAGCUAUCGGUCCAGAUUACAGCAAAUGAGAUUGUAUGCCACUCAAAGAACUAAUGAAGAUACAGAGAUGGGGUAUGAUACAAAGCUAAAAGCAGACACUGAAGAAAAGUAUAAUCCUACCAUGAUGCUAGAUGGUAAAAAGCAAACUGAUCUACAAGAAGAAAAAAAUUCUAAUGAUAGUUUUCAGGACCACGCAGAUGAAAAAGAUUUCCAGUCGCCAUCACAGCAGUCAGAAACAGAUCAGACAGCAACAAAAGAUGAGUGGAAAACAAAGAGGAAAAAAGAAUCAACAAGGAAAAGAAUGGCUAAGUAUAGACAAGGAAUGUCAGAUGAAGAGAAAGGAGAAAGAAAAGACAUGGAUAAAAAAAGCAAACAAGACAAAAGAGAACACUUACCUGAAGAAAUCAAGGAAAACAUCAAGGCAUCAGAUCGAAAAAGAAAACGGGACAAAAGAGAGCAGUUAUGUGAAGAAAUCAAGGAGAACAUCAAGGCAUCAGAUCGAAAAAGAAUACGGGACAAAAGAGAGCAUUUACCUAUAGAAAUCAAGGAAAACAUAAAGGCAUCAGAUCAAAAGAGGAAAAAGGACAAAAGAGAGCAUUUACCUAAAGAAAUCAAGGAAAACAUCAAGGCAAUUGAUCGAAAAGGAAAACAAGACAAAAGAGAGCAUUUACCUGAGGAAAUCAAGGAAAACAUCAAGGCAUCUGAUCGAAAAAGAAAACGGGAAAAAAGAGAGCAUUUACCUGAAGAAAUCAAAGAGAACAUCAAGGCAUCAGAUCAAAAGAGAAAAAAAGACAAAAGAGAGCAUUUACCUAAAGAAAUCAAAGAGAACAUCAAGGCAUCAGAUCAAAAGAGAAAAAAAGACAAAAGAGAGCAUUUACCUAAAGAAAUCAAGGAGAACAUCAAGGCAUCAGAUCAAAAGAGAAGAAAAGACAAAAGAGAGCAUUUACCUAAAGAAAUCAAGGAAAACAUCAAGGCAUCAGAUCGAAAAGGAAAACGGGACAAAAGAGAGCAUUUACCUGAGGAAAUCAAGGAGAACAUCAAGGCAUCUGAUCGAAAAAGAAAACGGGAAAAAAGAGAGCAUUUACCUGAAGAAAGCAAAGAGAACAUCAAGGCAUCAGAUCAAAAGAGAAAAAAAGACAAAAGAGAGCAUUUACCUAAAGAAAUCAAGGAAAACAUCAAGGCAUCAGAUCAAAAGAGAAAAAAAGACAUAAGAGAGCAGCUACCAGAAGGAACCAAGCAGAUCAUAAAGGCAUCAGAAAGAAAGAGAAAACAGGACAAAAGAGAAGGCUUACCUAAUGAGAAAAAAAAUGAAGUCAGAACAAGGGAUCAGCAGAGAAAAUCGAGAGUGAAAUUAUUGAAACCCAGAGCUGUCAUAGAACAAAUGGAAGAUGAUGAAGACGAUAUCUAUCAAGCUGGUCUUCUUGACAAAUACUCUAUGCGACCACGUUAUCUGUCAGACAUAUGCUUAGCAGAAUUUGCUGUAACAUACACAACAUCCUACUCAAAUUUUGAUUCUGAGGACACAAAUCCAGAGGUGAUUGGUCUAGCGGAUGACCUGGAAUCCCCAUACUACAUCACAUUAACAGAUGGAAAAAAAAAUGAAAAUGGUCCUCCUGAUCCUGAUGCAUGGGGACAUCUGGCCCCAGAAACAGUGCAAGCAAACCUUGAUGCUGCUAGAGAAGGUUCUAUGGAUGAUGAAAAUGCUGAUUUUAUGGAUCCAGGAAGAAACAGAGUUCCCAAUGGAGACCCAUCACUUGAAUCACCCCAAGUCAUUUAUGAAGUACUAGCUUCCAGGUUGACAGACCACCAGUGGAGAGAGCAUAUCCACUCGCUGAAUGAGGAGCAAACUCUGGUUCACAAUUUCUUUGUCACAUGGUGUACAAGGUUAUGUCAAAGUAAAAAGAUGCCUCCAAAAUCUGAUGCUUUUCACAUAUUUGUCAGCGGCGGAGCAGGAACGGGCAAGUCUCAUCUCAUUAAAACCAUUCAAGAAUCAGCUUUCCGUCUACUCCGACCUGUCACAGAAACCUCGGAUGAAAUAACAGUCCUUACAACAGCUCCUACGGGCACAGCGGUUUUAAUGUGUUUGGCAUGA